GUCUCUACUUCUGCCGCCGCGAAACAAACAGAAAUAUUAUGUCGAAUUUAUUUUCGUUAAAAUGGGAUGGAAAAAUACAUUAAGAUAUUCAGAUUUAAAGUUUUGACUUUUAAAUUACUUUAAAAAAUAAAUAAAAUUUAUACAUGAGUACAUUUGCACACAAAUGUAGAUUAACAUCAAUGUGUCAGCAUGGAAUCCUUAGACAAGCAACUUAAGGAACUGUCGGUAUUGAACGAUAAGCCGUUGUCGCCGAAAGGGUAUGCCGUCGAUUACGGGAGACAUGGGACAGUCGCAAAAUUAGUUGAAAAUUUACAGAAAAAUUCGUACAGGGUGCAAGAUGAUACUCUCUAUAAAAAAAUGGCUCCAUCUGUUCCACCGAAGCCGCCGAAAAAACUAAAUGAGAUGCCUCAGGUUCCAUUAAGUAAGCAAGUUACUUGUUCACGGGAACCGCUUUAUUCACAGCCACUACUUGGUUCGGAGAAACCAUUUGGAACGUCCGUUCUUUUUCGUAAGAACCAACAAUUUGACUGCGAAGUUUCCGGAAAAGCCAGCAAUAGAAAAUCAACUUUGGACAACCCGGCUGUAUUGGAACAGCAAUUAGAAGCUCUAGCGUAUCACAAGCUUCAAAUGGAAAAGAAAGGACUUUUAGGAAUACAGAUACAAUCCAUAAAAUCUACCACAAGUAUUCCAAAGUUGUCAUCUAACUCCUUGGGAAACAGUAUAAUCUACAGCAACUUAAAAAUGCCAUCUGAAAGUAAACUACAAUCAGAAAAUAUACCGCAAACUGAAUCAAUAUAUGGGUACCCGUCUUCUGAACGCCCCACAAUGUACUCCAAUGUAAAUUCAACAGAUGCAAGCACUGAUGCCACCGUGUCAACACUGCUUUCCUUACCUGGAAUGCUUUCGGUCUGUACUCACUCAGUGUUGGAGAAGGAGCGAGAGGAAGAUAUGCUGCCACCUCCUAGCCCUGUAAGUGCUGUUAGCUCUUCCUAUAGUGAGCUACGACGUGCCACCAAUUUGUUCAGCAAGCCAACGGAAAUGGCGGAAGCUGAGCUAAAACUUCUGCCACCGCCUAAAACAUAUAUCAAUGCAGCAAACAACUGUUCAAGACAACAUUUGAUGCAACAUAACGCAAUGAUUAAGAGUUCAUCGACAUACGAUUCAAUCUAUGAGCCUAUAAAUCCUCGUCCCCCUGGCGAUAUGCUAUCACAUGCAUGUUACAAUACGUAUGAUACAUACGUAAAUGAUAACAAUGUUGCGAAUAGAUCAUGUGAAGUUAAUUCUUUGAUAGCAAUUGAUUCGAACAAGCCACUAUAUGUCAGAGGCGAUGUCAUGGCAGAAUGUUAUGAUGAGCAAAACACUUAUCAAAAUAGAAAUAAGAAUGAAGGUGGUAUAGGACUCUAUGCUAGCGAUCCAACUCGCCAAACAAAUGACUUUGAAAACUAUGGUCGGUGCGUCAAAUGCAAUAAGCGAGUGCUGGGAGAAAGUAGUGGUUGUACGGCCAUGGACCAAAUUUACCAUAUAUCCUGUUUUACAUGCUCAGACUGUCAAAUAAAUCUUCAAGGUAAACCAUUUUAUGCCCUGGAGGGGAAACCAUACUGCGAAUAUGACUAUUUGCAAACUCUUGAGAAAUGCUCAGUUUGCAUGGAGCCCAUUUUGGAAAGAAUUCUCAGAGCUACUGGAAAGCCGUACCAUCCGCAAUGCUUUACAUGUGUUGUAUGUGGAAAAAGUUUGGAUGGUUUAUUGUUCACCGUUGAUGCAACUAAUCAGAAUUAUUGCAUUUCCGAUUUUCAUAAAAAAUUUGCACCACGUUGCUGCGUCUGCAAGGAACCAAUAAUGCCUGAGCCAGGGCAAGAAGAGACAGUACGAGUGGUGGCCUUGGACCGUAGCUUUCACUUAGAAUGCUAUAAAUGCGAGGACUGUGGGCUCUUAUUAUCAUCCGAAGCUGAUGGUCGGGGGUGCUACCCUUUAGAUGAUCAUAUACUUUGUAAGAGCUGCAAUGCACAACGUGUCCAAGCUUUAACGAAUCGUAUGACAACGGAGCACUAAGCACUAGCUACUUAAGUAUUAUCAAAGACUAUACAAUACCAAGAUGUUGCAUGAGCGACCAAAAAGCUGUUCUUUGGUGUGAUGUUGCGGUCUCAAUUCUCUUUUCGCCUAUGCCUGUAAUCGAGACCCUGUUAUCGAAGGGCAGAACCCAGACGGUCUCUACUCUCGAGGCCCGUCUCACAGUGGGCAAUUUCAGCUUGCAAAAUUAAUAAGUGAAUGAGAGUUCAACAGAGUUUUUUGCAAACUGAAACAAUUUUCUACUUUAAGUACUCUUAUCUCCGAAACUAAAAUUAUCUUGAAUAUUCAAUAUUUUAAAAAUAUCUUGGUACCUUGUACCUUGUUCAUCGAUACAUGAAUAAUCGAAUUUGCAUUCCAUACACAGUACUUAUUGGAUAUUAUUUUAUCGCAAAGCUAUGAAACCAAAAAUAUUCGUACUUAUUUUUAAAUCCAUACACCUAUUAGUUGAACCUGCCAUGACUUUGUCCAUGUGCAAUUAUUUACAAUAAAUAUAACUACUUCUUAA